AUGCCCAGCAGCCCAGCCGUUCCUCAGCAGAGCCAGCCGGCCACUUACCCCGCUGUUCCUCAGCAGAGUCAGCCUGCCCACCCAGACACCCCCAAGCCCAAGCCUACUCCUUCCACCAGCAGCGCGCAGCCCAAGCCUACCCAGCCAUCCGGUGGCAAUGGUCACUUCCCAACCAACGGCGACAAGUGGUCCAUUACCUACACUCCCUACGCCAAGUCCGGCCAGUGCAAGGAAGCUAGUGAGGUUGCUGCUGACAUUGAGAAGAUCGCUGGUCUAGGUUUCACCACUAUCCGUGUGUACAACACCGACUGCGGUGUCUUCGAGAACGUUGUCCCUGAGUGCGAGAAGCACGGACUCAAGAUCAUUUACGGUAUCUACCUCGAGGCUGGCGACAAGGGCUGCUUCUCCGAGUACGCCAACAAGCAGCUCGACGACAUCAAGAACAAGGCCCCCAAGGACAGCGCCUCCAUGGUCAUUGUCGGUAACGAGUGCAUGUUUAACGGUAACUGCCAGCCCGAGCAACUUGCUUCCUACAUCGACCACGUCCGCGAUGAGCUCCGUGGCGCCGGCUUCCCCUCGACUGUCCCUAUCACCACCACCGAGCCCGUCGAUGUCUGGGAGAGCAAGGGUGCCGCCCUCUGCGACCACAUUGACGUCUUCGUCUGCCAGGUCCAGCCCUACUUCACCCAGUCCGUCAGUGCCGACAUGGCCGGUGACUUUGCCGCCCAGCAGCUCGAGCAAGCCUCCAAGGUCUGCCCCGAGGCCGCUGCCCGUGGUGCCUACAUUGGCGAGAUCGGAUGGCCUUCCCAGGGUCAGACCAACGGCAAGGCCGUCGCUAGCCCCGACGCUCAGCGCACCGCCAUGCACAAGAUUCAGGAGGCUGUCGGUGACAAGGCUAGUGUUUUCUCCUACCAGGACGACUCCUGGAAGCCUGCUGGUGCCUAUGGCGUUGAGCAGCACUUUGGCUGCAUUGAUGUCCUCUCAUAA